AUGCUCCAAAUGAAUCCGAGGCCUUCCGGUGUGAAAUUUGGUCAGUUGGUUUCAUCUCUUAUGAGAAUGAGCGCCUUCCAGGCUGCCUUCUAUGCUUCUAAACGUAUGGAAUUAGCUGGAGUACCACAUGAUCGUUACACACUUGGCAUAUUGCUUCGUUGCUUCUGUAAAUUGGGUCGUGUGGAUUUUGGCUACUCAGUUUUGAGCAAAGCUCUGAAACUCGGUAUUCAAUUCAACAUUGUGAUGCUCACUACAUUGAUUGACGGGCUCUGUAAAGUUGGGAAAGUAAUCGAGGCUGCAAGGUUGGUUCAUAAAAUUAGGAUUUUGGGUUAUCAACCGGAUGUUUUCACUUAUAACAUUAUUAUAGAUGGUCUUUGUAAGAUAGGGCAAACGAAUGCUGGACUUGAAUUGCUUGAAAACAUGAAGGAGUUCGGUUGUCAACCUGAUGUCGUUAGUUAUAGCACGGUCAUUAGAAGCCUAUGCAAUGAUGGAAUGGUAUCGAAAGCUUUAGAUGUGUUUUCAGAGAUGGAGGAGAAAAAGAUUCAACCAAAUGUGUUUGCUUACAGUAGUUUGAUUGCUGGUUUAUGCAUGUCAAGCACAAUCAAUGAAGCUAUGAAGUUGUUUGAUAAAAUGGUAGGCAGGAAUAUCAUGCCUAGUACAGUCACCUAUAGCAUAUUGGUUGAUGCUUUUUGUAAGGAAGGAAAUGUUUUGGGAGCUAAAGUUAUACUCAAAAUGAUGAUUCAAAGAGGAUUGCUUCCGGAUAUCGUCACUUACAAUUCAUUGGUGGAUGGGUAUUGUUUGCGCAAUGAAUUAGACAAAGCCAGAAAGCUAUUUGAUUUCAUUGACAAUAGGGGGUGCAAACCUGACGUUUACAGUUACAGUAUCAUGAUUCAUGGAUAUUGUAACAAUGAAAGGAUGGGUGAAGCAGAACAUUUACUGAAUAGUAUGAUUGAGAAGGAUUUGGUUCCGGAUACGGUCACGUAUAAUACUAUGAUAAAUGGAUUUUGUCAAGUUGGGAGGCUUAAAGAUGCACUACAAAUUCUCAAGAAAAUGAGUGGUGAGGGUUGUUCCCCGGAUAUCAUGACAUACAAUAGUUUGCUUGAUGACUUGUGUCGACGAGGUAAAAUUGACGACGCAUUAGCUUUGUUUCAAGUAUUAGAAAGUAGUAGGUUGAAACCUGGUGUUGUGGGAUACAAUAUUCUUUUGGGUGGACUGUGGAAAGCAGGGAGGGAAAAGGAAGCAAGGGAAAUGUUUUCUAGGCUCUCUAGAGACAACUGUUUGCAACCUGAUACCCGCGCAUAUACCAUCGCAAUCAAUGGACUUUGCCAUCAUGGCUUUGUGGAUGAAGCAUAUGAUUUGUUCAGGAAAAUGGAGGCAAAUAGUUGUCUACCAGAUAGUUGCUCUUAUAACGUGAUCAUUCAUGGAUUUCUUCGUCAUAAGGAUCCACUUGAAGCAAUAGACCUCAUUCAUGAGAUGGUUUCGAAAGGCUUCUCUGCCGAUUCAACCACGGAAGGAAAUGUUUUGGGAGCUAAAGUUAUACUCAAAAUGAUGAUUCAAAGAGGAUUGCUUCCGGAUAUCGUCACUUACAGUUCAUUGAUGAGUGGGUAUUGUUUGCGUAAUGAAUUAGACAAAGCUAGAAAGUUAUUUGAUUUCAUUAUCAAUAGGGGAUGCAAACCUACCGCUUACACUUAUACGGUCACGUAUAAUACUAUGAUAAAUGGAUUUUGUCAAGUUGGGAGGCUUAAAGAUGCACUACAAAUUCUCAAGAAAAUGACUGGUGAGGGUUGUUCCCCGGAUAUCAUGACAUACAAUAGUUUGCUUGAUGACUUGUGUCGACGAGGUAAAAUUGACGACGCAUUAGUCAAUGGACUUUGCCAUCAUGGCUUUGUGGAUGAAGCAUAUGAUUUGUUCAGGAAAAUGGAGGCAAAUAGUUGUCUACCAGAUAGUUGCUCUUAUAACGUGAUCAUUCAUGGAUUUCUUCGUCAUAAGGAUCCACUUGAAGCAAUAGACCUCAUUCAUGAGAUGGUUUCGAAAGGCUUCUCUGCCGAUUCAACCACGAUGACUUUGCUAAUAGAAUUGUUGCCCAAGAAUCAGUUGGAUCAUCCAAUUCUCCAGAAGCUGUUGAAUGGUCCUGAUAUCAAGAGUCAUGAAAGAGGGUCCAUUGGUCUAUGA